AUGGCAGAUCAAAAUAGACUUCCCGUUGUGCAGGAAAAGCUUCGAGUCUUUGUCAUUUCGGACAUUUCAAACGAACCUGACGAUGCAGAAUCUCUCGUUCGUUUCCUGCUCUAUGGUAACGAGUUUGACACUCAGGGAAUCGUAGCGUGCACGUCUUGUUGGAUGAGGGACAAGGUUCACCCCGAGGACAUGGUCAGGAUAGUCGAGGCUUAUGGCGCCGUGGUCGACAACCUGAACAGCCAUGUUCACCCGAACAACCAGUAUCCCUCAGCCGAGACGCUGCUUGGCCUGAUCAAGUCUGGACCAGCUUGCUACGGCAAAGAGGCGCUUGCCGACGGCGUGGAGCUGAGCGAGGGUGCCGCACUGCUCAUCGAGAAACUCGACGCCUCGGACCGGCCUCUAUGGGUUCUCUGCUGGGGCGGGACCAAUACAUUGGCGCAAGCACUACAUCACGUGCGGCGCACGAGGAGCGAGGAUGACGCGAGGCAGCUGCGCUCAAAACUCCGUGUAUACACCAUCAGCGACCAGGACGACACGGGCCUCUGGAUCCGGGUUACAUUUCCCGACAUCUUCUACAUUUGCUCAGUUCAUGGCUGGAAGGAGUAUGGGCUGGCUACGUGGGUGGGCAUUUCCGGCGACAUGCUAAUGAAGCACAUGGACAACGGAGGCCCGGACGUGACAAAGGUCUCCAAGGAAUGGUUGAAAGAAAACAUCCAAUCUGCUGGGCCUCUUGGAAAGGUGUACCCAACACCCUCUUUCAUUAUGGAGGGUGACACACCAACAUUUUUAUACCUAAUCCAGAACGGGCUGGGAGCUCCAGAGAACCCUCAUUGGGGCAGCUGGGGAGGAAGAUAUGUUCUUGGCGAUGUUGGCGGAGCGGCAAAGCACUACAUGGACGCUCGCGAUACUGUCAUGGGCAAGAACGGAUCAACGUUUGUCACGAACCAGGCCACGGUCUGGCGCUGGAGAGAUGCCUACCAAAAUGACUUUGCAGCGAGGAUGCAGUGGACGUUGAGCAAGGAUCGUAAGCAGGCAAACCACGCUCCUGUAAUCUCCGUUAAUGACAGCGCUCCUGGACCGCAGCCUCUGUUCAUCGACGCCGAGGCUGGGGGCGAGUUAAUUUUGGACGCUUCGGGAACGUACGACCCAGACGGAGAUGAGAUUUCCUUCCGAUGGUUUCAGUACAAGGAGCCGACGACGGCGCAAUUGGAAAUACACUGGCCGAUAGUGCCAGAGGUUACUUUUGAGCCCAACCACGAAAGCGCAUCGGUCAAGGUCAGGAUUCCACCGCCUGAGAUGUGCGCCGUCGAUAUCCUCACCGGACAUGCCCUAGAAAAGGGCCAAGUGCUGCAUUUGGUGUUGGAAGUAAGGGAUUCUGGGACUCCCUGCAUGACGGCUUACAAGAGGGUUGUGGUGCAGGUGACGAACAACGGUCUCAAGGGCGGAAAGAAUAAGGCCUAUGAUACCAUAACCGAGGCAAUGGGACACUCUACAGGCCAGGAUACCACAAAUAAUUGA